GAUUGAAAUCGCCGUCGCCGUCCUCGUUCCUCUUUCUUCUUAGAUUCGCAGACAUGGGUUACGACGGCAAGGCGGAAGAGUCCGACCGGUGACGAUCUACAGAGGCGACGACGGGGAGCGAUCUGGGAACCUCGAACAAGCGAGCUCCAAUGACGUCUGGCCAAAUCCGAGCGACAGCGCUCUAUCCAACGGCGAGUUCCGGCAGCGACGCCAGUGACCGACCACAGUGGACCAGCAACGAUUUCUGCCGGCAACCCUCUGUCCAGCGACCUCUGUUCCAGCGAUGUCCAGCAGCUCCGGCAGAGUAACAACCAUCAACGAUGACAGAUCCUGGCGGGCUUGGGCAGUGACGGGCUUGCUUGGGCAGCGAUACCGGACUAUGCGUGACGCCGUCUACCCUCUCCGUUUGGGAGUUUCUCUCUACAGGAACUACAGUGCUGGCCAGUGUUCACGUAACACGGUUCACAGAGGAUCCUAAACUACUGCUUCCUCCGUGAUUUUGUUGUGUUUUUUGUGCAAAAUUUGGAUCUCCAAGAUCGACUUCAAUCGAGGAUUCCAUUUUUGAGUUUAUCUUUUUUGAUUUGGGAAUGGAUUUUGCUGAAAUUGGUAGCACAUGGUGUCAUGUUGAUAACGUGCAAAGAGACUAAAGAGGGUAAAAUCCUUGAAAUUCAUGUUGUAAAAAAGGAUAGCUUAGUGCAUAAAACAUCGUGCCAGGGUACAAACUUAAAAAAAUGGAGACUUGUGGUGAACAAGAUUGUUAGAGGAUGACACCUUUUCUGGUCACUUGAGAAGCUUCUUUAGUGCGGUGUGGGAUUCAUUUAUGUAUCUAUUUGGUCAGUCAUAUGUGUCCUCUGCCAGUGCUAUGUCACUGUUAGUUGCAAUAGUAUGUUUUGUGCCAUCAAAGGUAUCUCGUAAAAAGCGAGUGAUUAUCGGGAUUCUUCAUGUGUCUGCCCACUUGGCAGCAGCAUUGAUCCUCACAAUCUUGUUGGAACUUGGUGUUGAGACAUGUAUUAGGCAUAAUCUACUCGGCACAUCAGGUUAUCAUACCCUAUAUGAAUGGUACCGAUCAGACGAGAGCGAGCAUUUCCCAGAUGCUACUAGUCUUAAAGAACGUUUAGAGCGAUGGACAUUUGGCCUUUAUCCAGCCUGCAUCAAGUAUCUCAUGUCUGCAUUUGAUGUGCUUGAGGUAAUGGCGGUGACAAGGAACAACAUAUGCAAGAGUGGGAUGGAAUCACUGUCGCGUGGGAUUGCUGCAAUAUAUUAUGCGUUUGUGCGUGAAAGAGGUCGAUCCAGAAGAGCAAGACUUUCAUGAAGUUGAUAAAGGUUAUUGAUAUGAAUCGGUUACUACAUUGGGGAUGACAUGUAUGAGACAAUGAUUGAAUUUGCAAGGCAUUUCAUGGAGUAUCAUGCAACUUGAACAAUUUAAGUAUGAUAUGGGAACAAAUGACAAAUUUAGUUGGCUCAAUGGGCAAUUAUGAUGUCCUUUUAUUUAUGUAAAUAUUAAUUAUUUGAUGAUAUUAAUAUUUUGAAUGUAUGAUUUUAGAUGUAUUGUAAUUUUUGGAAUUUAUUUUUGUUUUAGGAUUAAUAUUUUAUAAUUGAAACAAAUUUUAAUGAUUAAAAAUGGGUGCCUUUG